UUACCGCACCGCCAGCACCACGCUGCACCAUGGCGGAUCUCCUCUAGGACGCUUACACGCCGACCGAGCGCGCAUUCGAGUCCAGCACUCGGACUUUAGACGGUUUUGCGUCUUUCCCGAAGCCCUUAUGCGCCGCUGCGGCGCGGAGCAGCAACGACCGAGCCGAUAGAAGAAAGAAGGACCGAGAGAGAGAGCGAGAGAGAGAGAGAGAGAGAGAGAGAGGUUGUGUUAUUAUUGGGAAAAAAACGGACAAUGGCGGACCGCGAUGCUUUACCGCUUCCUCUGGAAGUGCGGGCCAGAUUAGCCGAGCUGGAGCUGGAGUUAUCUGAAGGUGACAUCACACAGAAAGGCUACGAGAAGAAGAGAGCGAAAUUAAUCGGUGCUUACCUGCCGCAUCCUCCAGGGCUGGAAGUGUCCAUGGCACACGAGCGCAGGCCCCCCAUGGUCCCGUCCUCCGCCUCCAGGUACCACCGCAGACGCUCCUCUGGCACCCGGGACGAGCGCUACAGAUCAGAUGUCCACACAGAAGCGGUACAGGCGGCUCUGGCCAAACACAAGGAGAGGAAGGUGGCGGUCCCUAUGCCCUCCAAACGUCGCUCCCUGGUGGUGCAGACCUCCAUGGACGCCUACACCCCUCCAGGCCUCUCCCCGCUCUCGUCCCUGCCCCCCCUGACAGACACGUCGUCCGGCUCGGAAGAGGAGGGCGUCCACGGCGAGGGCACGCCCACCUCCAGCCAGGGCAGCACCAGCAUGGAGCACUGGAUCAGCCGCGCCAUCCACCACGGCUCCACCACCUCGUCCUCGUCCUCGUCCACCCAGAGCGGAGGCAGCGGGGCCGCCAGCCGGCUCGCCGACGUCCUGGCGCAGACGCACAUGGGCAAGUCAGGGCCGAUCGCUCACCUCUCGCUGAAGCGGAAAGCCAUGCUCGGCGUCGCUGAGAACGGGAACUCGCUCCGUCGCUCCUGCGAGUUCGGAUCCGACCUCCUUUGGCCGCCACCCUUGGAGUCGGAUGAGAACCACUCGGCUCCUCCCGAUGUCACCACCUACGCCUCAGAGCAUCCGAGCCAAGUGGAGCGGCCGCAGGUGUCCACGGUGCCACGUACCACCCAGAAGUAUGGCAACGCAAAGCUCAUGGAGACCGGAGAUGGCGUGCCAGUCAGCAGUCGAGUCUCCGCUAAGAUCCAGCAGCUUGUUACCACGCUGAAGCAGCCGAGGCGGCCCCCGCUCCGCGAGUUCUUCGUCGAUGACUUCGAGGAACUUCUUGAGGUCCAGCAGCCGGACCCGAACCAGCCGCGGGCGGAGGGAGCUCAGAUGAUAACCAUGAGAGGAGAGCAGCUGGGUGUGGUGACCAACUGGCCUCCGUCCCUGGAGGCGGCGCUGCAGCGCUGGGGAACCAUCUCUCCUAAAGCGCCGUGCCUCACCACCAUGGACACCAACGGCAAACCGCUCUACGUCCUCACCUACGGGAAACUGUGGUCACGGAGCAUCAAAGUAGCCUACAACAUCCUCCACAAACUGGGAACCAAACAGGAGCCGAUGGUCAGACCGGGAGACCGGGUGGCGCUCGUGUUCCCGAACAACGACCCGGCCGCCUUCAUGGUGGCCUUCUACGGCUGCCUGCUGGCCGAGGUGGUGCCGGUGCCCAUCGAGGUGCCGCUCACCAGGAAGGACGCGGGCAGCCAGCAGAUCGGCUUCCUCCUGGGGAGCUGCGGGGUGACGGUGGCGCUGACCAGCGACGCCUGCCAUAAAGGGCUUCCCAAAGGACCGACUGGUGAAAUACCUCAGUUCAAAGGUUGGCCCAAGCUGCUUUGGUUCGUCACGGAAUCCAAACACCUUUCCAAACCGCCGCGCGACUGGUUUCCUCAUAUCAAGGAUGCAAACAACGACACCGCCUACAUCGAGUACAAAACCUGCAAGGACGGCAGCGUUCUGGGGGUGACCGUGAUGAGGAUCGCUCUGCUCACGCACUGCCAGGCUCUUACGCAGUCCUGCGGAUACACCGAGGCCGAGACCAUAGUGAACGUGCUGGACUUUAAGAAGGACGUGGGUCUGUGGCACGGCAUCCUGACGAGCGUAAUGAACAUGAUGCACGUGAUCAGCAUUCCCUACUCCCUAAUGAAGGUCAACCCUCUCUCCUGGAUCCAGAAAGUGUGCCAGUACAAAGCUAAGGUAGCGUGUGUUAAGAGCAGAGACAUGCACUGGGCCCUGGUGGCACACAGAGAUCAGCGAGACAUCAACCUCAGCUCUCUGCGCAUGCUGGUCGUCGCUGACGGAUCCAACCCAUGGUCGAUCUCGUCGUGCGACGCCUUCCUGAACGUCUUCCAGAGCAAAGGGCUGAAACCGGAGGUCAUCUGUCCGUGCGCCAGCUCGCCCGAGGCGCUCACCGUGGCUAUCAGGAGACCCACAGACGACAGUAACCAGCCGCCGGGUCGAGGCGUUUUGUCCAUGCAGGGUCUGAGCCAUGGCGUCAUCAGAGUGGACACGGAGGAACGUCUGGCCGUCCUAACCGUACAGGACGUGGGAACGGUCAUGCCUGGAGCUUUGAUGUGCGUGGUGAAACCGGAGGGGGUUCCUCAGCUGUGCCGGACCGACGAGAUCGGGGAGGUGUGCGUGUGCUCCGUGGCCACCGGGACGUCGUACUACGGCCUCGCGGGCAUGACCAAGAACACCUUUGAGGUUUUCCCAAUGAGCAACUCGGGAGCUCCGAUCAGCGAGUACCCGUUCACACGGACGGGCCUGCUGGGCUUCGUCGGGCCCGGGGGCCUGGUCUUCAUCGCCGGGAAGAUGGACGGGCUCAUGGUGGUCAGCGGCAGGAGACACAAUGCUGACGACAUCGUCGCCACCGCGCUUGCCGUGGAGCCCAUGAAGUUUGUGUACCGGGGCAGGAUAGCCGUGUUCUCCGUGACCGUGCUGCACGACGAGCGCAUUGUGGUGGUGGCCGAGCAGAGGCCGGACUCCACCGAGGAGGACAGCUUCCAGUGGAUGAGCCGGGUGCUGCAGGCGAUCGACAGCAUCCACAACGUGGGGGUGUUCUGCCUGGCCCUGGUUCCCGCCAACACCCUCCCCAAGACGCCCCUGGGCGGCAUCCACCUGUCGGAGACCAAGCAGCUGUUCCUGGAGGGCUCGCUUCACCCCUGCAACGUGCUCAUGUGUCCUCACACCUGCGUCACCAACCUGCCAAAACCCCGGCAGAAGCAGCCAGAGAUCGGACCGGCUUCGGUCAUGGUGGGGAACCUGGUGUCGGGGAAGAGGAUCGCGCAGGCCAGCGGCAGAGACCUGGGACAGAUCGAAGACAAUGACCAGGCAAGAAAGUUCCUGUUCCUGUCCGAGGUUCUGCAGUGGCGAGCGCAGACCACGCCGGACCACGUGCUCUUCACCCUGCUCAGCUCACGGGGGGCGGUCCUGAGCUCACUGACGUGUCUGCAGCUGCAUAAACGGGCUGAGAAGAUUGCAACCAUGCUGAUGGAGCGAGGGCACCUGCAGGACGGAGCUCACGUGGCGUUGGUUUAUCCGCCCGGAAUAGAUCUGGUCGCGGCCUUUUACGGGUGCCUGUACGCCGGCUGUGUGCCCAUUACCGUGCGCCCGCCGCACCCACAGAACAUCGCCACCACGCUGCCCACUGUGAAGAUGAUCGUAGAGGUGAGUCGGUCGGCCUGUAUGAUGACCACGCAGGUCAUUAGCAAGCUGCUGAAGUCUAAAGAAGCGUCCGCCGCAGUGGAUGUCAGGAUGUGGCCUCCCGUCCUGGACACAGACGAUCUGCCAAAGAAAAAGCCGCCUCAACUAUACAAGCCGUCCAACCCGGACACUCUGGCCUACCUGGACUUCAGCGUGUCCACCACAGGGAUGCUAGCAGGAGUAAAGAUGUCUCACUCUGCCACCAGUGCCUUCUGCCGCUCAAUCAAGCUCCAGUGCGAGCUCUACCCCUCGCGUGAGGUGGCCAUCUGUCUGGACCCGUACUGCGGCCUGGGCUUCGUCCUCUGGUGCCUCUGCAGUGUGUACUCAGGGCACCAGUCCAUCCUGAUCCCUCCGUCGGAGCUGGAAGUGAAUCCAGCGCUCUGGCUGCUGGCCGUGAGUCAGUUCCGCGUCAGAGACACCUUCUGUUCCUACUCCGUCAUGGAGCUGUGCACCAAGGGUCUGGGCCUGCAGACGGAGUCGCUCAAGUCUCGUGGCUUGGACCUGUCUCGUGUCAGGACGUGCGUGGUGGUAGCGGAGGAGAGGCCGCGGAUAGCUCUCACUCAGUCCUUCUCAAAGCUGUUUAAGGACCUGGGCCUUCACCCGCGUGCGGUCAGCACGUCUUUCGGCUGCAGAGUGAAUCUUGCCAUCUGCCUGCAGCCUCACGGGCUCGGGAAGCUUGAUCAGGGCACCUCUGGACCAGACCCAACUACUGUGUACGUGGACAUGAGGGCCCUCAGACAUGACAGGGUCCGGCUAGUAGAGCGAGGAUCUCCACACAGCUUGCCCCUCAUGGAGUCUGGAAAGAUUUUACCUGGAGUACGGAUCAUCAUUGCCAAUCCAGAAACCAAAGGUCCUUUGGGAGAUUCACAUCUAGGAGAGAUCUGGGUCCACAGCAAUCACAACGGCAGCGGCUACUUCACCGUGUACGGAGACGAGGCCCUGCAGUCCGACCACUUCAACUCGCACCUGAGUUUCGGCGACACCCAGACGGUGUGGGCGCGCACCGGCUACCUGGGCUUCCUGCGCCGGACCGAGCUCACAGACGCCAGCGGAGAGAGGCAUGAUGCCCUGUAUGUGGUGGGAGCUCUGGAUGAAGCCAUGGAGCUCAGAGGAAUGAGGUACCACCCCAUCGACAUCGAGACCUCGGUCAUCCGCGCCCACAAAAGCAUCAUGGAGUGCGCCGUGUUUCCCUGGACCAACCUCCUGGUGGUGGUGGUGGAGCUCGAGGGCUCGGAGCAGGAGGCGCUGGACCUGGUACCGCUGGUGACCAACGCGGUGCUGGAGGAGCACUACCUGAUCGUGGGCGUGGUGGUGGUAGUGGACAUCGGCGUGAUCCCCAUCAACUCUCGCGGGGAGAAGCAGAGGAUGCACCUGCGCGACGGCUUCCUCGCCGACCAGCUCGACCCCAUCUACGUGGCCUACAACAUGUAGCCCGGCGUGGACGCGCACCGAGGUCUGAGAACGACCAGGCGGCCGGGGAAGAUCCCGCCUCCGGGAUAAAGGAUGGAGGAGGAAUCGAUGACGAGUCCUUACAGCUUCGCUUGCUUGGAUAGCGCUUAACGAGCGUCAUGCACUUGUUUUUCGUCACGUAUCACCACACUGCUUUAUUUCGUAGCCCACAAUUCAAGAGUAAAGUGGCGCACCGGGUUUCAUGUUGACCUUUGAUUUGAAGCGUAGAAAACGCAGGAUUGUGUUUCUUUCAUUUACAUGUGGUACAAAGCGGUGGGUAAGUUUUUUAAACGCCUGCAUCAUCCAGCAGUUAUUUUUUAUUUCUAUUUUCGGCCUUUUGUAAAUGUCCCUCAGCAGGAUGCGAAACAAAAAACGAACAAAAGAAACCCACCCACCUGCUUUCUCAAGUGUACAAAGCAAACACAGAGUCGGUCGAUAUCGUGUAAUUAUGUACAGAAAGUUCUUAUUAUUUAUUUUCUUCUUUUUAGAAGCGUGUGAGCGAAGACGAACGUUUGAACAUGUUUUCCUCAUGAGAUAAUAAUAUUGCUAAUAUAAAACGACGCAUUGUAUCGUCUUGAGUGAGUCGCAUCACGUCAAGAUUGUAAAAAAUAUAAAUACAAAUAUAUAUAUCUAUAAAUAAAUAUAAAAAAAUAUAUAUUAAAAUACGAUCUAGGACUCACCAAUGAAGCGUUUGAGAUGCAGUACAUCCUGUGCAUGGUGUCUGUUGUAGACAAAAGUUUGUUCACACACACACACACACACACACUUGUCGGUAUUGAAUUUAGGACUCCCGGGAAUAUCGUCAGUACGGCUAUUUUACUCCGAACCGUCCUUAUCGGAAGAAUCGAAUCGAACCAUGUGCCUGCAGCUGUUCACAGCUGCACCGCCUCUUACGUUAAGCGAUUCAGUAUUUCGUUGCUCGUUUACUUUCGUUUGUGCGUUUGCUAUUUUAUUUAUUACGUUUUGUACAGAAGUGCAUUCGCUUCACCAGCCGCCUCGAACCCGCGUCAUUUCACCUGCGCGCUACUUUAAAGCCGCGCGACGCAGACGGAUCUUCUAAUAAUCGCUGCGAGCGGCGCAUCACCUCAUGUUCAAGUAACAGUCGAAUAGUGCCUAAGGUUGGGGUGUCGCUUUGUCAUCGCCAUGUCCCGUGAGGUCCUGCACACCAUCCCAGACUAGUAAUCCAUAUCUUUGCUUUACAGGGCAGCACACACACCAACCUUUAAUUAACGUUUUAGUUUAAUGUUGGAGCAGCUUAGAGCGCGUUCACAUGAGAAGCGUUUACGCUGCGCAAAUCACCGGUGCAGUAAAAUGUCAUUAAAGUGCGAAUAGGAGAUUAAUACUGUAGCAUUUGUGUGGAAUAACCAUCAAAUCCACUCUGAAAGCUCCACAUGUAUCUAAGGUUAGCUGUAUCUUCCUCGCCGUUUCACUUUUAAACUUGUGUUACAGCCGCUCAGGUGCUGCAUUGGUAAAACACGCUAGCACCGGCUGGAUGGGCGGCUACAUGAACAACGAUUGGCUGUUGUUCAUACAGGGUGAGGAGCCGGACAGGGACUCCUCAUAACUGAUGUAAUUACGACAUCUGCUGGCUGAUUGAUGGCGCUUGCACAGAGUCGGGGAAUAAUGCUGAUCAGGGUGUGUCUCUCCAUACACAAAGCUGAUCCGUAUAUGAACCCGAAAAGAUGCAGUCGGUACUGCGCACGUGUCAGAGGGGGCGUGUGUCAGUUGCGAAGAAAAAAAGGCAUCUGCAUUUGUGUGGAAUAACCGUUAAAUCCAGUCUGAAAGCUCCACAUGUAUCUGUGUUUAUCUGGAUUUUUCUCACUGUUUCACUUUUAAACUUGUGUUACAGCUCGAGGUGCUGAGAAAUUGUGAGAAUCAGAAUCGGCUUUUCCGAGGGUCUAAAACACUUAUUAACGUGGUUUAAUGUAGUAAAAGAACGACACAUGAGCACUAAACUGCUCUUAAUUAUUACUGCUCACAAGUGUCUCCACUAAGGAAACUCCUCGCUCGUUGUUUUAAUGCAAUAAGUCACGUCAAGCUUUGUUCAUUCUGCUUUUACCGCGUCAUAUCAAACAGUUCGUCUCAUUGGAGGUGCUUCAAAAAGGUCAUUGGCAAACUGGCUCAAAGUUCAAUCAGCUGAACUUUGCAAGAGCGCCCAACGUGGCAUUAGCGCGCCACACUCCGUAGGAAACGACGGCACAGCCGGCGCAAAAGCAGUUUUUUCCCCGCUUCUCAUGUGGAUGUGCUCAUAGACUCUCGCUACAACAUGGAACACGAAGCGCGUACCUGCCUGAGCUCACUCCUCCAUCGACAACUCGCUGCGUUUCCAAACGGCUUUCGGAUUCAUCAACCAGCCUGGCCGAGGAGCUCCAGAACACCUCCGACACGCGUCUAACACACAAUAUAAAACAGGAGCGGGUGAACUGAAUCACUUUCUCUGCAAUCGCAGUUGUUUCUUUAAUUACCUGAUUGCUGCAGGACGUUUGGCCUCGUUUCACAAGGCUGGAGUAGCGCCGGAGUAGCUCGUCCAUGAGGCGCCAAACCAAACUAAUAAUACCUACAAAUAUCAUAAAAUGAUGAUUAUUAUUUUUGAUCUUUUGCAUUUGUUUUUGUUCUUUUUUUUUUAAUGUAAUUAAAGUUUGUACUGUGUGGAAAUCAAGUUUACACAACGAGUGACGAUGCAAUUCAACUUUGUUUUGUUCGUUUUUUUCAAGUCUUAAUGUGCUCGGAAGCGCAAGUGUCGUCAUUCCCUCAGCAAAUCUAAAAAAGUGAAGAACAAGAAGAAAAAAAAAACUCAAACAAACAUGAAAUGUGCACAUGAACUCUCGACCUGUGACGUUAACUUCCCUCUUUUGUUGCAAAUCUAGAAUGAUGCGAGUCUGCAUGGUGUGUGUAAAUAUCGUUGGUUACCAAAAAAAAAAAAAAAUGAAGACAAAAAAAAAAGCAGAUUUUGUAAUGGUGCAGGUGUGUUUGAAAUUGUUUUGUACACAUAAUUAAAAGUAUUAAAUAACACUUUUAUAGAAGCCUGCUUUGGCCUACCUUCACAAGAUAUGGUGCAAUAAAAGUGCUUUGAUAAAACUGUG